UUCAUCCCUUUUGUCCUCACUUUAGCCCUAAUCAUGUCGUAGUGACCCUCCCCCGUCUGUCAACGGGCCGUUGAAUGUUAAACGCCGUUACGACCGUCCCUCCGUUUAGUACCCCCCUUUCGUUCUUUCAAAACCUUCCCUUUCCGAUGGCGCUCGAGGGCUUGAGCUUGGCUCGGACGCCGCCGGUCGACGCUGACCCGGAGGCGCCUGGCGGCGGGCGCCAUGUCGCCGUCAACGGCGGCGGCGAUGAUGGUGCCAAGACGCCGCGGCUUCCCCGGUGGACGAGGCAGGAGAUCCUGGUGCUCAUACAGGGGAAGAGGGUCGUGGAGAGCCGGGUCAGGAGGGGCCGGGCGGCCGGGAUGGAAUUCGGGUCGGCUCAGGUUGAGCCGAAGUGGGCGGCGGUUUCGUCGUAUUGCUUGAGGCAUGGGGUGAACCGGGGGCCGGUUCAGUGCCGGAAGAGGUGGAGUAAUCUCGCCGGCGACUUUAAGAAGAUCAGAGAGUGGGAGGCCCAGACGAAGGAUGAAACGGAGUCGUUUUGGGUGAUGAGGAACGAUUUGAGGAGGGAGAGGAAGCUUCCGGGGUUCUUCGACAGGGAGGUUUACGACAUCCUCGACGGCGGCGACUGCGAGGAGCUGACUGCGCGAUUGGCUCUGGCUUUGGGCCCAUCCGCGGAGGCCGGUGCCGAAGAGCCGGAGGCGGAAACUUUGUUCGACAGCGGGAGAAGCGCGGCGGCCGAGGACGGGCUGUUUUCCGAUUUUGAGCCGUCGGGUCAGGAGGAGACUGGAUUUGCCAGUCCCGGUAAAGAAUUGCUGCCGGAGAAGGAGCCAAAGCCCACCACUAUUCCUGCCCCUAUUCCAAUUUCAGAGCAACAAUAUGAGCCCUUUUCUCAGCACACUCCUGCUAAAGGCGCGAUCCAUCAGAAACGGCCCACCACCACGGAGCCCGGCAUUGGAAGUGGCCCAGAAGGGCGAAAAAGGAAACGAAACGUGACAGGCGCCGGAGAAGAAGAAGAAGAAGAAACAGAGAAUUUGCAGCAGCAGCUUUUGAAGGCUCUAGAGAGGAAUGGGAAGCUGCUGAGCUCACAGCUGGAGGCUCAGAAUGAACACAUGCAGCUCGACCGGGAGCAGCGUAAGGACCAUGUGAAUAGCCUAAUUUCGGUUCUUAAUAAACUUUCUGAUGCCCUGGGGAAGAUUGCAGAUAAGCUCUAGUAGAGAGGAGGAGAUGAAGAAGACCAUGUUUGGUUAGAUUUACUAUAUACACAUAUUUAUAUAUAUAAACACACACAUACACAACACCUGGUGUGUUUGGUUGGUCCCAAGAUGGCGUUAUUUUGAGAGUAACCAAACACGCCCUAUUCUUUUCUGCUUUUAUACAUUCCCAGGCUUAUUAUAAAUAGUGGUGGUAGAAGGAAAAAAAAUAGAGGUAUGCAAGCAAGGCAAAUAAUAUACGUAGUAGAAAUUUGAGAGUGGUGACAGUUUUUCGAUC